CAAAAACGUAAUGACAAACCCAAAGCCCUCCCCACUCUCUCGACAGGGCCUCACCCUCUCUCGACAGAGACUCAAAACCAAAACGCAAAGCUCCUCACUCUCUCAACAGCGUCUCUCCAAAACCAAAACCUCACUCUCCCAAACCCUCUCUCUUCUUCGACAAACCCCAAUCAAAGCUCUUUCUCUUCGACAAACCCCGACCAAAACCAUCUCUCCCUCUAGCGAAGGGAAGAAAACCAACUGGGUAGCCUCUAGCGUUCUUCAGAUCUUUCGACGAUGAUGGUUGUUUCUUUCGUCGGUGGUUACAACUUUGAAAGCAAGUACAGAGGGUUCAGGGCUUACCAAUUUUGAAAGCAAACCUAGAGUUGAAUCGGAGAGAGAAGACGUCAGACUUCCUGGGCUUCAAAAUCAGAGUUCGAUUAAUUAGGGUUAGGAUUUGCGUCGAUUUUCGAGAGGCUUCAGGAUUUUGAUUGCGAUUAAGUAUUGGAUUCUAACAUUGGAGAUGUGGAUUUGGGAUUGAAGGAAAAAAUGUCAAAAUUGGGGCCAGGAACGUAACUACGAAGGUUUCGAUGGUAUUCGAUAGAAAUUUUAGCUACUCCUUCUGCUUAGCACUGGAUUCCUUGCUGCUAGUUUGGUAUUUUCUGCCUUUUGGUUUACGUUUGCAGUCUAUUUUUGGAACAUUGAAGUUAAUUUGGGUUUUUAGUUGUGAUUCUGUCAAGAAAUUCAAUGGGUAUUAGGCUCAAGAGAAUGGUGGUCUCCGAUGAGAGCCUUGAGUUGCUUUCCAGGUAUGGCCAAGAAAUAUUGGCAGUGAAGGGGAGGGUCUUGCAAUAUCCACCAGUGUUCAGGCAUCGUUUGUAAGAGGUGUUCUUAAGGAAACUGGAGUUGAGCCACAAGUGGAGAGGAUUAGUAAAUACGAAAGUGCUGGUGAGCAACUUGCGCUACGACCAUGUCCGAAGAAAAUUGUGAGAUGCUGACACCAUUGCUCGAUAACAUAUAUGGGAACUGGCUGGACAUAAUUUCUUCUACAAGAGGUGCUUUGAGAUUUGGUUUUUGGCUAAUCUGAUAUGAUCAUGUUGUUCAGUUGUUGAAAUUUGAUGUGAAAGUCAUCAGGGGAGUGGUUGUUCUUGAAAGUUUUUUUCCCCCUCUUUAUGUGAUGAUAUACAGGAAGCAUUUAAGUAGUAUUGAUUCUCUUGCUUGACAUGCCCUGGUGGUGAUGCCCUUGCUUCUGAUUUGUAAGUGCUAGUAUAUAUUAUCAUAACAUAUGUGAUCCUAAAUUAUAUAAUUUGCUUAUAUGUUGUCAAAAACUGUUGGACUGAAGAAUUGUCGAUUUGUCUAUGUCUGGUUACCCUCAUGACUUCAUGAUUUCAGGAUGUGGAGGGAAAUCAAACUUUUGGCUGCAUCAAAACCGGACAUCGCAUCAAUGUCUGACGCGGCAGCAGAUGCCAUUGUUGCAGAAAAUUUAACCUUAACUGGUUCCAUUGGAGUUGUCACAAGUAAGUUUAACAUGGGAAAACUGUAUAAGAAGAUUGGCUUCGACAAGGAAAUCAUAUCAAGGGGGAAUUUGCAGAGACUAGAGGAAGCUGAACUCUUUGCUAAGUCUGCACAGAAUUCGUAUAAGCAAUUUCGGGACAAGGCAGCUUCUUCCAAAUCAAUGACUAUAGAUAAAAUGGAGGAAGUUGCACAAGGGAGAGUUUGGGCAGGUAAAGAUGCAGCUUCAAGGGAUUUAGUUAAUGUUAUUGGUGGACUUUCUCAGGUUGUUGCAAUAGCAAAGCUCAAGGAAAAUAUACCACAAGACACAGAGGUGUUGGUAGUCUCGGGUGAGCAGCAAAGCUUGCAAAGCUAGACUAUUGAUCCAGAUGCAGCUAGAACUACAGAAAGACAUCAAAAAGCUCCUAAAAGGCCUAUUCGUAUUAGUGCUUGGAAGCUUGCACUCCAAUGAUGCCAUGAGAGCGGCAAAGCUUGCCAAGCUAGACUCCUUAAGUAAAUUUCUGGAUGUGUAUUGCUAGGAGAGUAGUAUUAGAUGCACUCCUUUUGUGGAUGAAAGAUUACUUUGCAUAAUCUACUUGUUGCAUGAUUUGGAUUAUAACAAUUUCUUCUAUAUAUUGAUCAGCUACCACUUUGAUCAUUUUUUA